UACUUCCUUUGUAGCAAAAUAAUUUGACAUGCUGCUGGGGACAGACGGGCUGUAGACAAUUUCAACAGGAUUUGAUAGACCAACGUUAGUCUAUAGUUUCAUCCUGGACUACCACAUGAAAAAUCACAACCAAAUCACGAAUCGCAGACUCACUGUUCAAAGGAAUCCGGUUGGUCAUGACGUGUUUCUAGUCAACUGAUUUAUGCCGGAGUGUUCGUGUCUUUUUGGACUCCUGCAAAAAUUACAGAAUGAGGAACCAAAGGAAUGCUGUUAGAUGACUACACGUCACCCAGGCCAACAAUUACCGAAGCAUCACGUAAUUUUAUGUUAGGUGCUUUGCCACGUGGAGUACGGUGAGACGUCAGCUGCCUGUGGAGACUCCUGUAACCAGAAGAACCCCACAGUGCUGAGGUGGUUGCAUAGCUCUGUGGUUUGCGACCCAUUCACGGAGGAAACAAUAAUUCGUGUAUAAUAAGAAGAUACGACUUUGUUGUUGUGCUUCACAAUCCAAGUCUACCUUUACUAUUGAUGAACACAGUAUUCACUCACCGGAACUUCUUGUGUUUUCUACAUAUACGUCAUCACAGGAACUUCAUAUCCCGCCGAGGAAGGGAAGUAAUGUGAGUGGUAUCUCAAAUGAAUUAUGGAAGGGUUUUUGGUUAGACCAAUCGGCGGUUAGAACAAAUUCGGCCAGUUUCUCAAAAUUUAAGGGAUUCGACCACUGUAUACAGGAUCUGCUCUUGCAGUGCAGCAGCAGCUGGCAGGAAAGUACGACAAGGAAACAUUUUGUGAAAUCUCCACAUCCGUCACAUUGGGAUGUUGUUUUUCAUCACGCAACGGACAAUAUUAACGCGAGCCACUUAUUCUUCUUUGAGCCUUUAAAAAAAUACUUAUAUGUGCACUGGAUAAUGAAGGACCGCAAGUCUGCGCUUCCAACAUGCAUAAUUAAGAUUUUCACGCGGACGGAACGUGCAUUCAGCCCACUUUCUCAGAAGCAAUGGGGUAAAAUCGGAUUAUUUCGUUUGUAAGGGCAAAUUAUUUUUAAUUAAAAAAUCUCCGUUAACUAAGUUGGUUUUAUUUACUACAAAUUAAAGGCCCUUUACUAUCUCGAAGCAAACUGCGCUUUUUUCAUAUUUAAAAGCAACAUUUUUUAUUUCAUGCAGUCCUUGUUGGUUAAUGGAAAAAUUGCACAAUUAUGUCCUCUGGUUCAUUAAAAACGAAAGGCCAAAGUGACCACCUGGCGUUCCCCCUUUCAAAUGGCUCGGUCCACCAAGUCACAACGGAUAGUCAGGCGGAGUGCCCACAAGGUGCAGAGGACUACGAGCUGGCUGUUUUGACCUGCGUCUCUGGGCAAACCGAGUCAUCCGGGGAGAGGUCUGAGACGGUCUUCGACUGCAGUGCCAACGACAAGGGCGAGUGUGAGGAUGACACUCUCCUGGAGCAUGGCGCCGACCAGGCUUGGGGCAGCGGAGACCCCGACAGGCAGAGCAUUCCGAAGGAGAGCACCUUCUCCAUUGGGAUUCAGAUUCUGUUUCCCUUCCUGCUCGCCGGGUUCGGGAUGGUAGCCGCCGGCAUGGUUUUGGACAUUGUUCAGCACUGGACGGUGUUUAAGGAUGUGACUGAGGUCUUCAUCCUGGUGCCAGCUCUGCUCGGCCUCAAAGGGAACCUGGAGAUGACCCUGGCCUCCAGGCUGUCCACUGCUGCCAACAUUGGACAGAUGGACACCGGGGCUGAUAUCUGGAGGCUGGUGGUGGGGAACAUGUCUCUCAUUCAGGUCCAGGCCACCGUGGUGGGCUUCAUGGCGUCCGUGGCGGCCGUGGUGUUCGGCUGGGUUCCUGAGGGUCAUUUCGACAUCCACCACGCCUUGCUGCUCUGUGCCAGCAGCGUUGCCACGGCGUUCAUUGCCUCUCUGCUGCUCGGUCUGAUAAUGAUCGGGGUCAUCAUCGGCUCUAGGAGGUUUGGCAUCAACCCGGACAACGUAGCCACGCCCAUCGCUGCCAGUCUGGGUGACCUCAUUACGCUGGCCCUGCUGGCAAGCAUCAGCACCGGCCUGUACGAGCAGCUAAAGGACAACGCCUACGCCAACCCGCUGGUGUGUGUGUUCUUCCUGGCGCUGACUCCGCUGUGGUUCCUGAUCGCACGCCGGGUCCCGUCCACCCGCGAGGUGCUGUACACCGGCUGGGAGCCCGUCAUCAUCGCCAUGGCGAUCAGCAGUAUCGGAGGGCUCAUUCUGGAUAACACCAUGACCAACCCCAACUUCGCCGGAAUGGCCGUCUUCACUCCCGUCAUCAACGGGGUGGGCGGUAACCUUGUGGCCGUCCAGGCCAGCCGGAUCUCCACCUACCUGCACAUGAGUAACACCCCCAUGAUGGAGCCCAGCCCUGCGGGCCACAGCUGUCCCAGCCCCUGCCACACCUUCUUCAGCCCCGGAGUGAACUCUCGCUCUGCGCGGGUCCUGUUCCUCCUGGUGGUCCCGGGGCACCUGGUCUUCCUCUACACCAUCAGCUCCAUGCAGGCGGGCCACACCACCCUCACCUCCGUCUUCAUCGGCUUCUACAUGGCAGCAGCGCUGCUGCAGGUGCUGGUCCUGCUCUACCUCGCUGAUUGGAUGGUGCACUGGAUGUGGAGGCGGGGCAUGGAUCCGGACAAUUUCUCCAUCCCGUACCUGACGGCGCUGGGGGACCUGCUGGGAACGGGCUUCCUGGCGCUGUGUUUCCACAUCCUGUGGCUGAUCGGAGACCGCGAUGCUGACGUGGGCGACUGAGACCCCCCGCACCUCGAUUUGGCUGGACUCUGUACCCCUCCCCCCACUCGGCCAGUCUGAUUAUUGUGUGUUGACAGAGGCCAGAGCUCUCAUUCAUGUACUUUAGCAGAGAUGAGAGUGUUCCUCUGUUUUUGGGAGGGGAAGGGGCUUCCUCCUCUAGUGCAUUCAUGUUUACCUCACUCUAAUGGCUGAGAUCCAGGUGUGCUAGAGAAGAUGUUCAGACGUACACGCAGUCACCAAGUGCUAAGUCUUUACAGCUUUUAUAAGCGUGGGCUGAUAAUAUCUCCUGUGCAACGGCAUAGGAAAUCUCACUUUGUGCCUUGUGCAAUUUUAUUAAAAAGCCUUUAAGGUAGGCUUUUUUAAGAAAAUGUGCAUGUUAAAAAAAAAUAAAAUUAAAAUAAAAAAACCCCCCAAAACUACACUGGACCAGUCGCAGCUGCUCAGGGGAGCAGUGGCGAUCUCCCAGCGGGGGAAGAGAACACCCCGCUUGCCUGUCCCGUGCGUUUACCUGUGUCUCUCAGACAGCUGCGUGUGUGCACAGCGUGGAGACACAAGGCCUCACCGCCAGUCUCUCCCUCUCUGUGUAAGGGCAUUACUUACCACACACAACAAGCUUCAAAGGAUGAUCUUUAACACUUGAUUUUUAUAAAAUUCUUAAAUGAAUGUUAGUGUAAUGUUUAAAACAUUUGAAUUGUGAAUUGUGCGUGUGACCGCACGCGUAUUUUACAUGCGAAACGUUAACAUCCCUUUGCGGCACGGGCGAUACUGGACAUAUGAAACGGGAGCGUGGUAUUAACCUGGUGAAUGUCACACUGCUACUGUAGCCUUAUCGUUUCGCACAGACUAAUCCAGGUCACUGGGGACGUGGAGGUGCAUCUUAAUGACCACAAGAGGGCGAUAUUGACACAGGAUUAUCUGUUCUUCAAGGUCUUACAAGUAACAAUAUUAGCGUGCCUUUGUGUGCCGGAACUGGUGCCUGAAGUUUCUAAUAAUUGUGUUGGCAAUAUGUAUUUAAAGGGAACGGUGGGGUGUUUUAAUUUAUUUUGUAAAAUUAUAAAAAGAUAUACAUGCAUCUGUUUAUUCUAUUAAGAAUAAAGUGUUUAUUUUAAAUAUA